AUGGUAGCGGGCGGUGAAAGUGGCACCAGUGGUGGGGAGGGCGAGGGGGACACGUAUGCCGUUGUUGUUGACGCUGUGAGCGCGGAGAGCAGCAGCGUCCACGUGUACAGAUUUGAUUCGCGGAUGGAGCUGGGGGAGAUUCAGAAAGGUUUUGAAGUGGUGCAUUCGGUGAAGCCUGGGCUGGGUGCAUACGGGGAUAAUGUCACAGCAGCAGCGAACAGCCUGCGACCGCUGAUGAAGAAGGCACUUAAAGCCGUGCCCGAGUUCUCUCGACCAAUCUCACCCGUUCUUGUCAGGGCCAAUGGAGGGCAGGGAAGGCUAUUAGGAGACCAGGCAGACAAGAUCCUGGCAGAGAUCCGCCAGAUGCUGACGGAGUACCCGUUCCCGUUCAGCCAUGGUGACGUCAGCGUGCUUGAUGACAGUGAUGCGGGCUUCUUUGCCUGGACAGCUGUUAACCAUCUCCUGGGAAACCUGGGAAAGCACCUGAAAAAUCACCUGGAGUCAACAGUGGCAGUGGUGGACCUGGGGAAUACCAGCGUCCACGUGGCGUAUGCAGUUCCUGCUGAUGUGGCAAAGAAGGUUCCAGCUGGACACGUGAGGAGACUGAGCGGGCAGCAGGCUGAGAGGGAGAGGGAUGAGAAAAGAGAGGCGGUGUGUGUUGACGUUGCCAUGCAGGGCUAUGGGCGGAUGGCAGGGAGAGCACUGGUGCUGAAAGCAACUAACGACACCCACAACCAUCCAUGCAUGCACGUGGGCUCUCAUGGCACAUCCAAGCCCAGCAGCGACGGCACCGCCGCCUCGUUGCAGGCAGCCCUCUGCUCCGCCCUCAAACUCCCCCAUCCAUUGCCCCUCCCCCUGCCUCACAUGUCACCCACCCACCCCACUGCAGGCACAUCCAAGCCCAGCAGCGACGGCACCUCUGCCUCUUUGCGUGCAGCCCUCUGCUCCUCCCUCACCCUUCAAGCUCUCCAGCGGGCAGCAGCAGCUGCCAGCACCACCAGCGCAAGCAGCAGCACCACCGGCAGCGCUGACAGCCACCCGUCAUCUGCCCAUGCAUCGUCCGAUGCGAUGCUGAGGUCUGCGGCACCUGUGUGCCCGCAAGGGCGGGCCUGCUUGCUGCCUGGCGCGCUGGAUGGGCUUAGGGGUGCACUACGCAGAGGAGGCAGAGGAGGCAGAGGAGGAGGAGAGGGCGCAGUGCGGCUCGCCGCCACCUCGGGAAUCUUCCACAUGGCACAGCAGUUCGGCCUAAUCCCUCGCAACAACUCCACCACAGUAACCACGGCAGCACCCACCGCAGCUCGCAUCACGGCUCAACACUUGGCUCGGAUAGCAGAGGAGACAUGCGGCAUUCCCCUGCAGGAAGUCUCCAAGAAGUUUCCGCUGAUGAACGGCCAGGAUGCGCCAUACGCCUGUCUAGAUGCGAGCUACCUCUUCCACCUCCUCACCUCGGGAUUAGGCAUGGAGCCCACAGACCCACUCACACCUGUGAAGCAGGCGGCUCACAAUGCACCAUCCACUGAGGCAGCAUGGGCAUGGCACUAUGGUGCUGCUGUCAGCACAACCAUGCAUGCUCAUGCCUACGCCGUGUUCUGA